CCUACCUCGUCAUGUCGGAGCAGGCACCAGAAGGCAAGCAGCAGCAGCAGCUCGCGAUCGAAAACAAGGCCGCUCAGGAGUCGGAAACGGGCGUCCACUCGCUCGACCUCGGCAACAACACGGUGGUCAAGCUCGACAACCUGGGGCCGAUGAUCGUGAACACUGAUGGGACGCUCUCGCGUAUCGCCAACUGGCACGAGCUGAGCGACAUUGAACGGGAACGCACCGUCCGCCUGCUAGUCAAGAAGCGCAACCUCGUCCGCCUGAGCCAGCAGGACAAGGAGCAGGGUGGUGUGGCAGAAGAGGACAAGCUCAGUGCGCUCAAGGCGGCCGAGUCGAGCUAGGCGGCGCGCCGAGCUCGCCCAGCUGCCUAGCUGCCCACCCUAGAGCCUGCCGCCACGCACGCGAGCAGUGAGCUGGCCCAAGCGCACACCCCCUUGCACGUCGCCGUCGUUGCGCUGUUCACCUUAUCCUGUACCCAAUUACCACAUUAUGCAUUGAGCUCUCG